CCCGGAGCUGCCGCGAGCGCGGCCCGGAGCGCGCCAUGCUGGGUCGGCGGCGUGUCUUUGCGGUGGAGCCUCUUGGCGGCCAGGAUGGGGCCUGUGAGGACCUGGCGUACAGCUGUGUUGUGCCUGGGGUCACCAGCACCUACAGACGGAUCCCAGAUGAAGCUUACGGAUGUUCACUGGACUCCCAGGAGGGAGAGAGCGCGCUGAAAGAUCUAGAGAGACAAAUGCCACUUCUUAAACUGGCUUCUCAGGACUCAGGUGUAGAGAUGGUAGUUGGGGACAGCCCCCUGGCCAUCUUGCCAGAACUUUCUCAGGACUAUUUGAACCUUGAGCCCAUGGGGAAUCCUGAGCCUCCUGCUCAGCUAGACCGGCUGCUGGCCAGCCGUAAACUGAAGCAGGUGCUGGAGCGAUCUCGAGAGCUCCCCGGUUUGUCUAGAAGGCGCCACCCUCUCUUGCUACCAAGCACGCAUGUGUGUGCGACACCUGUGUAUGCAGCGGGGUUAGAGCCCACGGAAGCAGAAAUGGAGCUAGAGGAUGCGCUGGAAGAGGCAGAGGGGGUGUCUGAAGUGGGGCCUGGAGCGGCCCCCUGCCUCUCAGGACAGGGUUUUCGCUACCUGGAACACCUGUGCCUGGUGCUGGAGCAGAUGGCUAGGCUCCAGCAGCUCUACCUGCAGCUGCAGACCCAAAGGCCCCCUGCGGAUUCUGAAAAAGAGGAUUUGGCUCCGCCACCUUCACCUGCCCCAUGCGAUGGGAUGCAGGGGCCUGGAGAGUUGCUCAGCCAGACGAAGGAGAUAGGUGUAGGGGCAGCUGCACCCCCAGAGGUGGGAAUGCUGUGCACCAAUCCUCUCAAGCUGCAAGAGGUCCUGGUAGAACCAACUCUCAGCGCGCCGUGCUCCCAAGGACAUAAGCAGGAUCUCUCCCACUGGGACAAGGUCAAGGUCUUGCUCAAUCGGAUCCGCUGGAGGAGUCCUCAACACCCUGAGCCUCCUGCCCCUCCUGAUGGUUCUGGGCCCAUGACUGAGUCCAAGGACCUCUCUGAAAGUCCCCGGUGCCGUCCUCACCGGAAGACCUUUAUUCCAUCAUUAGUGGUUAAGAAGCCACGAGCGAAAAACUUUUCUGUAUGACGUCUUGGUGCACCUGAGGACACAGGAUGGAGAGUGGGCAUCAUGGAAGACCCCCUCACCCCUUGUCUUGUUGCUGCUUUGCUGCACUGCCGGGAAAAGCUGUUGGUGCUUGCCCCUCUCUGAGGUGAGGGCUGAGUGCUUUGCUAAGCAGCCUGGCUGAGGAAUCCCGCCUCCCCUGAGGUGCCAAGGUGUGGCAGCUGCAAGGCUCCUCCUCCUCCUCGCCAGAAAUCCCUGGGCUUAGGCAAUGUGAACUGACUUAUUAACCAGGCAUCCAUAACAUGUAUAUAGCACCUGUGAUGUGUUUGGGUCCAGUAUGUUGCAGAUGUGUGUUUAUGCACAGUGAAAGAUAAAACUCUGGGACUCUUAGUACUGUCAACUGCCUGGACCCAACCACCAUCGUCUGCUGGAAUCAUGUAUCCAGAGGGUUCGUCUGGGUAGAACUGUGGUAUGCUGGAGUGGACCCUCAUUCCUCAGUGCGCUGUUACUGACGUGGAUUUCUGAUUUCAUCCUCAUACCUGACAUGGCAGGCCUGGGACA